AAGUUGAAAUCAUUCUCAUUGAAUUUUUAAUUUAUAUGUUUUAUGUUAUUAACUGUUGUACUCAAACCUUUUUUUUGUAUAAAAUCAAAUUCAUCUGGUCCACUGCCUAGCUUUAAAUUUAAUUGAACUAUGAUUAAUAAUAAAAAGAUUAAUUUGAGAUUGAUUUUGGUUUCUGGGAAAACCAAAGAUUUUCAGUUCAGUCCAAAUGAUUCAGCCUCUGACAUCGCCCAAUAUGUCUUUGAACAUUGGCCUCCAGAAUGGGCUGACGAAUCUGUUAGUAGAGCUGAAAUUUUAAGACUCAUAUACCAAGGAAGAUUUCUACAUGGGAAUGUUAUCUUAGGAGCUCUUCAAUUACCGCUUGGCCGGACCAGUGUGAUGCAUCUCGUUCCAAGGGAAAACUUACCCGAGCCCAAUUCUCAAGAUCAACGUCAAAAAAGCAAAGAAAGGAGCAGUGGCUGUUGUAACUCAAAUUGUUCAAUCAUUUGAGAAGCAAAUGAUACUUUAAUAUGUAAAACAAACCAGAGGAAUCAUCCUAGUUUAGUUUUAAGAGACAAACUUUCUGUCCUGAUGAUUUUGUUCGCAAAAAAAUUGGCAAAACGCAACCCAUUAUCAUCAUUACUGUAAAACCAUAAACACAAUGGUUAUGUAAAUCGCCAACGGAACGUCCUAUCUUUUUGUGUUUUUUUUUCUCAUCCAUUUUUUCCUUCUCCUCACACACACACACCAUAAUAAUCAUCUUCAUCAACGUCUCCUUCUUCUGUUGCUGUUACAAGUUUUUUGUUCACGGAAAAUUUGGGUGUUUUAUGUAAUGUUAAUAACCAAAAAUACCAGGACACUAAAGGUCUUGACUAAAGGCCCCCAAACAACCGUCUAUAAUAUUGACUGGAAUGGUCAAUCCUUUUAAACCCGCAAGUUGUUAUGUUAAUCGUCUGCCAACCUUUUUUUGGGGAAAAAACAAAUUGAAACGUGAAAAAAGCAAAAGCAACUAACAAACAACUGUCUACAAGAAAACUGUCUACCUUAAAGUUAUUAUUAUUAUAAUAAUAUUAUAAUAAUUACUAUUAUCAUUAUCAUUAUUAUUGAUAUUAUUAUUAUUAUUAUAUAAAUACAUAUGUAUAAAUACGAACGGAAAACGUAAAAAACACAUAAAAACACAAACAACCACGGAGGGAGAUUCUCUUGAAUAUUGUCAUUCUCAUAGUCAUACUUUUUGGUUCUCAUCGCUGUAAAUAAUAAUAAUGUACCUCGUUUAACCUCUCCCUUUAUCAUUCCAUGAAUAAAAGACACCAACUACAAGAAA